UUUGUGGCACCGCCUUUGGUUGAGUCACACCCACACCACAGAAGCCUUCUGCUUCCUGGAGGGCAAAUAUUUUGCUUUGAACAGGAAAUGACAUCACGGCACCGACAAUCAUUUUUGGAAGCCGAGAACCCAAAACAAGAAGCAGAUGUUUUUCAGGCGCGUGUCGAAAAGAAGCGGAAAGCAGAGUGUACCAAAGUGAAGGGGGAAGAAUGUCAGGAGGACAUGAAGAGAGUCAAAGUGGAACUUGUGUUUUCUUCUCCAAUCCUCUGAUGAGUGAUGUGGAAACAGACUGGACUCCAAUUCAUGAUGCCGCAUCCAACGGUCGCACGCUGACUCUGCAAAGGCUCAUUGCUCAGGGCGCAUGUGUGAACCUGAGCACGUUGGACCAGGUCUCGCCCCUCCAUGGAGCAUGCGCGCAGGGCCAUGCAGCCUGCGCCAAGUUGCUGCUGCAACAUGGUGCUAAUGUCAACAUUGAGACAUUAGAUGGACGAACGGCGCUGUCGGAAGCGUGCAGAUGGGGUCAUGUGACCUGCGUGUCGCUGCUCCUUCGGCACGGAGCGAGGCCUCUGGGGAGCGGCUCGUCCGACUCCCCGAUGCACGUGGCCGCAGCUAAAGGUCACCCAGAGUGCAUUGAGUCUCUCGCGCAGCACGGCGCCGACUUGGAUCAGAACGUGGAUCAGUCUGGCACCCCGCUGCAUGUCGCCUGCUCCAAUCGGCAGCUGACUGCCGUGAAGAAACUGCUUCAACUCGGUGCGAGUGUAAACAUGGGCCGCUCCGGCGAAUCUCCCUUGCACGUCGCCGUCCGUGCGUCCAGUCCAGAGAUGGUGUCGGUUCUGCUGGAGCACGGGGCCAACGCCUCCAUACCCAACCUGGAGGGCAAGCGGCCCCUGGACCUGGCGGCCCCCGCCAGCGCCGUGGAGAAGCUGCUCCAACAAAGCGCAGGAGUCCCACAGCUGAUGCAGCUGUGCCGUCUCCACAUCAGGACCAGUUUAGGCAAGCGCAGGCUGCGCUCCAUCACUCACCUCCACCUCCCCACAGUACUCCAAAACUAUCUUUUAUGGAAAGCUUGAGAAUUUAUUUCAUAGCUUGAAUAUGUAGCUGAAGGUCAGUCGACAUCCUAGAACGCUCUUUGUCCUCACUCGCAAGACUAGGAGAAGGACUGUGGCCGACAGAAUUUCUCUAGUAUAUGGACCCAACACUGGAUAACAAUAAAAAAAAAUGCUUGAAAGCAGCUUUCCGGACUUUUCCACGGCAAAGGGAAGCUGCUGCAUUUCUCUACUGUACCAACAGAGGGAGCACUCGGAUAAUCCUUGAGACCAAAUUUGACUUUGAAAGUGGAAUACAAAGUCACUCGAAGGUCAACAUCAACCCCGAUCUACAACAUGUUGUAUUCAUGAGCUGGCACAUUUUCCCCCCUCUCGCUUUCAUCUCCUCUUGUUGAUACUCCAAAUAGAUUUUUUUUUUGCCGCCCCAACUAGGCCUCAAGUGAGCCAGCAACAUUUAAACCAGAAGUGCUGUACUUUAAUCUAAAUCUGAAUUCUCUGAUCAAACUCUGAUAUAAAAUGUGUACAACUGGA